GUGCCCUCACUCAAGAUGGCGGCGGUUCCCGGCCCUCUCCGCCGCCUUCCCCCGUGCCCUCACUCAAGAUGGCGGCGGCCGAGACGGCGUCGUGGCAGGGCGGGGCGGGCGGGCGGAAGCGCAGGUAGGGGCCGCGCCGCCGGUAGCGCCUGUCCCGGCCCGGCCCCGCACGGCCCGGCACCAUGGGACUGUUACACGGCCAACUGGAACCCGCUGGGCGAGGAGGCCUUCUACCGUGAGGGGGGUAAGUUCGAGCUGUACAAUGAGUGGAGCCUGAAGGAGGACCUGCGGGACUGCCUGGUGGCGGCCCGCCCGUACGGAGGGCCCAUAGCUCUGCUGAAGAACAACGCCCGGAAGGAGAAAUCCCCCGGCGUCCGCCCGCUGCUGGAGAUCUACUCGGCCUCGGGGCUUCUCCUGGCCAGCAUCCCGUGGAAUAGCGGCCAGCUGGUGCAUGGCUGGACAGCCAGCGAGGACCUGCUGUGCAUCCAGGAGGAUGGCACUGUUCUCGUCUACAACCUCUUCUGCGAGUUCAAGCGCAACUUCAGCAUGGGCAACGAGGUGCUGCAGAACCAUGUGCUGGAGGCGAAGGUUCACACAGAGUACGGCACCGGUGUGGCCAUCCUCACCGGUGCGCACCGUUUCUCCCUGACCACCAACAUUGACGACCUGAAGCUGCGCAGGAUGCCCGAGGUUCCUGGUCUGCAGAAGCCGCCCUCCUGCUGGGCCGUGCUGUCCCCAGGACAGAGUCACCAUCAUCUGCUGGCAGUCGGACAGGACCUCUACCUCCUGGACAACACCUCCUGCUCUGUGGUGGUGAGUGAGCCACCCCCUCCUGGCAUGAGCCCCUCCGCCGGUGCCUAUGUGCAGAUGGCCGUGUCCUUCAACUACCGCUGCCUGGCACUCUUCACCGAUACUGGCUAUGUCUGGAUGGAUCAACAGCCCACCACUAAUUACUUUUUCCCCGCUGGUCACAGUUCUGCUACAUCCAUACCCAAACUUGCUGGUCCUAGUACCAUUUCCUGGGCAGUCUCAUCCUUAUCACCACUGCAGGAGAAGCUCUGCGAGUUCAACAGCAGCAUCCGAUCUCCACCCAAGCAGAUGGUUUGGUGCAUGCGUCCCCGGAGCCGGCAGCGUGCCGUGGUGGUGGCCUGGGACCGGCAGCUGAUGGUGGUGGGGAACUCCACGGAGUGCAUCCAAUUUGUCCUGGAUGAGGACUCCUACCUAGUGCCCGAGCUGGAUGGGGUCCGGAUCUUGUCUCGCACCUCCCACGAGUUCCUGCAUGAGAUUCCAGAGGCCAGCCAGGAGAUCUUCAAGAUCGCCUCCAUGGCCCCAGGGGCACUUCUGCUGGAGGCACAGAAGGAGUACGAGAAGGAGAGCCAGAAGGCAGACGAAUACCUGCGGGAGAUCAAGGACCAGAAGCUGCUCCCGGAGGCGGUGAGCCAGUGCAUCGAGGCAGCCGGCUACGAGCACGAGCCAGACACCCAGAAGUCGCUGCUGAGGGCAGCCUCCUUCGGGAAGUGCUUCAUCGACAAGUUCCCCGCGGAGAGCUUCGUGCGCAUGUGCCAGGACCUGCGGGUGCUCAAUGCCAUCCGGGACUACCAGAUCGGCAUCCCCCUCACCUUCACCCAAUACAAGCGGCUCACCAUCGAGGUCCUGCUGGACAGGCUGGUCCUGCGGCGGCUCUACCCGCUGGCCAUCAGGAUCUGCGAGUACCUGCGCCUGUCGGAGAUCCAGGGCGUCAGCCGCAUCCUGGCCCACUGGGCCUGCUACAAGGUGCAGCAGAAGGACAAGUCUGACGAGGAGGUGGCCCACGCCAUCAACCAGAAGCUGGGCGACACACCGGGCAUCUCCUACUCCGAGAUCGCUGCCCGGGCUUAUGACUGUGGCAGGACGGAGCUGGCCAUCAAGCUGCUGGAGUAUGAGCCGCGCUCUGGGGAGCAGGUCCCGCUGCUGCUCAAGAUGAAGCGGAGCAAGCUGGCCCUCAGCAAAGCCAUCGAGAGCGGGGACACCGACCUGGUCUACACCGUCGUGCUCCACCUGAAGAAUGAGCUGAAUCGUGGCACCUUCUUCAUGACGCUGCAGAACCAGCCGGUGGCCCUGAGCCUGUACCGCCAGUUCUGCAAGCACCAGGAGCGGGAGACGCUGAAGGACCUGUAUAACCAGGACGACAAUCACCAGGAGCUCGGCAAUUUCCACGUCCACUCCAGCUACUCGGAGAAGCGCAUCGAAGGGCGAGUAGGAGCUCUGCAGAACGCCCUGGAUGAGUACUACAAAGCCAAGAACGAGUUUGCUGCCAAGGCCACAGAGGAUCAGAUCAAGCUCCUGCGGCUCCAGCGACACCUCCAGGAGGACUUUGACAAGCCCUAUCUCGACCUCUCGCUGCACGACACCGUCUCCAACCUCAUCCUGGACGGCCACCACAAGCGAGCCGAGCAGCUCUACCGGGAGUUCAAGAUCCCCGACAAGAGGUACUGGUGGCUGAAGAUCAGCGCCCUGGCCAACCGCGGCGACUGGGAGGAGAUGGAGAAGUUCUCCAAGAGCAAGAAGUCACCCAUUGGGUACCUGCCCUUCGUGGAGAUCUCGGUGAAACACCACAACCGCUACGAGGCCAAGAAGUACGCGCCCCGCGUGACCCCCGAGCAGCGUGUCAAGGCCUUCGUCCUGGUGGGGGACCUGGACCAGGCGGCCGAUGCCGCCAUCGAGCACAAGAACGAGACGGAGAUGAACUUUGUCCUGUCCAAGUGCACCGCCAGCACCGACGCCGCCGUGGCGGAGAAGCUGAACCGAGCCCGAGCCCAGCUCCUGAAGAAGUGAGCCCCAGCGGUGGGGGGCCCUGCCCUGGCCCCUUUCCCACCACACGCUCCGGGGCAGGGGUGGCUCCAGCCCCCCUGUCCUGCCACUGGAGCCGCUGUCCUGUCCCCCCACGCCUCCCCCUUGCUGCGGGGGGUCCGUGGACGAGGGCAGGGUGACAGAAGGGUGUCCAUGUCCUGCGCCAGGGCUGGGGUCACCCUGGCAGUGUCCCCCUCGCAGUGGCUACGAGGCCGGGGUCUUCCUCGCUGGCUGCAAAAUACAGUGGGAUGCCCCCCCCCCCCCCCAGUGCCUGCACAGCCCCCUCUUGCCGUGUAGCCCCCUCCCUUCUUGUUCAGUAAAGAGAAGAGU